AUGAAAAUUCAAUUAGCGUCACUUAGGACUUCAUUACAUCGGUGUCGGAACCUUCCGUCUUUGUUUUCAUUUUCUCGUUUUGGCCGAUUUGUUGACCCUUCCUACACAUAGUUACAUCAUAGUUGGAAUUUAGAAAGAUAUGAUCUUUUCAAUCAGAUGCCAACCGGAGACAUAAUACAACAACAUAAAAUGCCAGAGUCCCGCAUUUCUAGCGGUGAAUUAAAGAUCACCCAAUCAAGUCUUCAUGAAAAAGGAUGCCAGCUUACGAAAGUAUGGUCAGACCUCUUCAGUCUGCUGUCGAAAUACCAAGCAGAUCUUAUGGUCAAGGAAAACGAAAUCGAAGUCUUAGAACAACAGCUGGAGUCGAAGCAAUCAAUGCUAAAAUCAACAUCGGACAAUGAUACACGUGAGGUGACCAAUCUUCAAGGAGAGCUGCAAGCGAAGGACUUAGAAUUAGCAAAAUAUAGAGCUGAUUUAUUGAACAGUGAAGAAGCCAUGAAUCGACUUCAAACAGAGAUGCGGAAUAAUUCAGAACUGCUGACACAAUGUCGGACUGAAGUUUUAGAAAAUCAAGAAAAAUUGAUAAAGACUCGUAACGAAGUUGAUAGGUUGAGAUUUGAAUUGACGAGUAAGGAUGAAGAGCUAAGAGUGAAGGACACUCUCUUGGAAAAGUUGCAGGCGCAAAUGCUAAAAGAGGUCUCGGACUUGACUGCGGAUGUGAAUACACUGAAACAUAAACUGAAUUUAGAAAAAAAUGCCCACGACGAGACAAAAAAGACGUUAUUAUCAAUUUCAAAACAAAACCAGAGAACCGAUGUGAUAAAUAUUCCCGACUCCCCACCGAUGUUGGACCUGUCAUGUGAUGCAACAGAUGAAUUCAACAUGCCAAAUGUGACGAAAUCAAACGAAUCUGGUUUUAUACAUUCCACUAAGACGCAUUCAAGACUUUUACCAAGUGGCACUACCAGUACUCCAUCUCAUUCUCAAUAUCAUCCGUACCAAAGAAAAUCAAACUUUUCCAUGGCAUCUGCGACGAAAUCUCAAGCUGAUGCUUUAUCGCAUGCCUCUAAUACGUUUGGUGCGCAAAAUACGCAGCCAAGCUGGACUUCUACUACGUCUAGUAGCGCCUUAUCGAGACAACCUGAACAGAACGAAAGUGACGUUUUUAGUGCCUUGUCUGCGGACAAUUCUAAAGAAUCUGCUGCAUUUAAAACUGAGGCGAGUGAUUCGGUGCUAGUGUCAUUAUCAGGUCCGCUGUCGUCCGAGUCGUUCGAUGACAGCAGUCAGUCUUUAGGAAUGGAUUCAUCUCAGAGUGCGUUUUGGUACAGUCAAGGAUUGAAUCCAUUCAAGAGUAUGAUGUAUGGCAAGUUUUCACCUCAGAAGCUUGCCCAGGGCCUCAUCCCUCCUCAGCCCAACACGGAUCUAAAAGCAGGUCCAACAUUCUCAUGUCAAGUCUGUGGUCAGACGUUCAAGAGGCCGUACCGUCUAAAACGUCAUAGUUUGAUUCACACAGGAGAACGACCACAUGUUUGUGAAGUCUGUGGGAAGUCUUUUGCCCGUUUGGAUAAGUUGCGACGGCACUCGUUGAUCCAUAUCGGAGUACGACCAUUCUCUUGUCCUAGUUGUGACAAGUCUUUCACUCGCAAGGACGAACUGACGAGGCAUCUUGUAAAACACAGCGAGGAGAGGCCGUAUAAAUGUGGGCUAUGUCAUGCCUCGUAUCUGAGGUCGGAUGCGCUAACCCGACAUAUCACAUCAAUGCAUUCAAGUCUGUUUGUACACCAACAUAGCACUACAAAAAGUUCAACCAGUCAGCCUGCAAAUAAUGCACUGCUAAGCCUGGCUCAGAACAUGAAAGAUAAAAUGAGUAAUGAAUCACCCCAAAAGGAGGGAAGCAUUACCCCUGGUGUGCCCAAUGAACAAACAUCUCCCACCAGCAUGGCAAGUGCUGCCUCAAUCAUCAAGCAAAACCAGUCCCCAGAGUUUCAAAGGAUUUUAACCAAGUAUCACCAGGCUGGGGCUCAACUCAUGGGCUCAGCAUUUUCACCACCUGGCUCUGGACUAAUAGACAAUACCUCCUCCCACUCGCCGUCUGAUAGCAGAGAUACACUUGCGUAUUCACAGGCUGAGAUGCGACCUCUAGCAACGAAAUAUCACCAGGGGGCUUCUGACAUGCCGCCUCUGUUUCAACCAAGUAUAAGCAAACCACUGGGUGGGAUUGAGAGCCCCAGCCUAAAGGCAGAUGCCUCUCUGGCCACAAAAUACCACCUAGCAGCUGCACAGAUGUUUCAACAAAAUAAACUGCAGAAUAACACUGGGAAGAUGUCUGAAUCUCAUGGCUCCUUGGCUACCAAAUAUCACCAAGCAGGAGCUGAAAUGAUGAGUGCAGUAGGCCUGUUCCCACCAUCCAUGGUUGAUAAAUUGCAGUCAAUGAGUUCCGAUUCCUCCCCCGAGAGUGAACCAGAUAUGUCUGCUGAGUUCUCACUUGCAGAUGUGCAGUCAAUGACAACGAAAUAUCACCAGGCUGCAGCUCAAAUAAUGGGCGGUGCCUUUCCUCAAAGUGAGCCUCUCCCCCAGGAUAAGAUCACAUGCUCAUCCCCAGUUGAUAGUACCAUGGCUACCAAGUACAGGCAAGCUGGAGGCCAGCCCAUGAACGCGAUCUUCCCGGGAAAUGAGAUGCAGGAUAUGAAUGCAAAUCCCACGCACCGUAACGAGCAGCAGACACCCUUGUCAUAUUCUCUUGCGGGGAUGCAGCAGAUGAUGCCCAAGUACCAGCAGGCCAGUUUGAUGAGUCCUGCAUUUCCACAGACGGUGUCCCCAGAUGUGAAUAGAAACUCGACAAUCGGUCAACCCUGCGAGCAGCAACCAUUCUCCCAGACUGGGGAGGUGCAGCAAUGAAAGAACUGGCCCUGGAGCUAAAAACUCCCCCAGACUGUUCAUCUGCUUCAGGGCUUUGUUCAGUUUCCUUGGAAGCAUGUUUUCAAAGGAAGUGACCUUGCGUGGUUGAGAGUUUGUGCUACUGAGAGCAUUAUUGUCUGAAUGUGAAUAGAGAUGUAACGCAAUCAGUACCAUUUCAAAUCUUUUGACUAUUCCAGUAAAAAGGACUGUUCGAGUAUCUUCAGAUUUGUACUUGGUAAUCUUGCGCUAUUUAUCAAGUAUGGACUUGUGUGCUUGAUAAAAAGACCCAGCAGGAGGAUCUAAUAGAAAUAUAAUGGAUUGAGUUUAUAUUGUGGACAAAAAACAGUGCAGUGGUAUUGUGUAGAACUGGUCACAGUGCAUAACGCCAUUGUGUUAUGGGAGGACAUAAAUGAUAAAACUAUGAGACUUCCCUUUGGCUAUGAUCAAAUUGAGUUGUGCACAAUUAGUAGUGAUGUACUAGAUUCCAAUACAGAUAAGUGAGAAAGAAAAUCAGAGUUAAAAUGAACUCUUACAAUCUGAAUGGAACUUGCCCCUGGUGAAAUACAGCUUAUGACCCAGUCAAGGAUUGGUGGGGGGUUCUGCUGAAAAUGUCAUUUCACAGUGGGCAUCCAUCCCUAUUUAUAAAAUGAGCUUCAUUGUGGCCUAGCUGUGUUUGUGGAAUGGGCACCUUAUAUUGUUGAGAAUGCUGUUCUUGUUGAUUUAGUGUAGAAGGUUGAACUGUGAAGAACAAGUUUGCUUUAUGUGUAAUUGUUUGGUAUCUCAACUGUAGAGGUCUUGUCAAAGGCUAUGACAUGAUAGUGGAGGAGCAGUGAUUGACAAUCAUAUAAAUUAAUGGUUUUUGGUAUGAAAAAAGUACCAAACUCAAUCUUUUGCAUUUGUAUCAAGUUUAGUUUGGUGGUGGAACAGGCAUUUCAAACAAUGGUUGGUUGUUGUUUCAGGAUUAAUGCUGCCUUGUGCUGGGUGUGAGGGUGCGUGGAUUAUAAAACUAAGCAAUACACUCCAUGCCAAUUCAUAGCUGUCAUUCUCUC